AUGGAUUGUUCAGUUGCACUUUUUAAACAAAGAGUUUUGUUAAUAUGACACUGAAGUAAAGAAAAUAUUUUUGAAUAUGAUGUCAAUUUAGAUAGUUUUACUGAAAUUAAAAUGAGGACUGAUAAAGAUUUAUAUAAAUUAUUAAUUGCUGGGAAUUCAAGGAUUUAUUUAUUCGAAGGCUGGAAUAAUGUUUGAGAAAGCGAAAUUAGAUUAGAUAUUAGAUAA